AUGAAGGGCGACGGAAGGUGCUUGAAACUCUUUCUUGCAUUAUCGAUCCUUUUCCUACAAAACGUAAAAGGAGGAGAAGUUGGCCACAGCCACAGCCACAGCCACAGCCUCAGAGAUGCUAAAGUGACAGUGAGGUGCAUAGAGAGGGAAAGGCAAGCACUACUUGCAUUCAAACGUGACCUGGUGGGUGAGUCCAAUCAACUCUCUUCUUGGGGUUCAGAAGCCGAAAAACAAGAUUGUUGCAGAUGGGAAGGAGUCUACUGUAGCAACCAAACUGGCCAUGUGAUUCAACUUGAUCUUGGAUAUUCUGUCCCUGAAUAUUCUUUCUUUGAAUAUUCUUUCCAAGGUAAGAUGAUUAGUCCUAAACUGAUUGAGUUGCAGCAUUUACAAUAUUUGCACCUUGCAUCCAUUGAUUUCAAUGGGAACCAAAUUCCUGAUUUCAUUAGUUCUCUAACCAAUCUAAGAAACCUCAGUCUCAGUUUCUGUAAUUUGGUUGGUCAAAUUCCAAGUUCGUUUGGAAACCUCACGCAAUUGCAACAUCUCGACCUCAACUAUAAUUGGCUUCAAGCAGAAAAUCUCAAUUGGCUCCCUACUCCUUUUUCUUUAACGUAUUUGGGCCUUGCAUUCAUUGAUUUCAAUGGGAUCCAAAUUCCAGAUUUCAUUGGUUCUCUAACCAAUCUAAGAUACCUCAGUCUCGGUUCCUGUAAUUUGGUUGGUCAAAUUCCAAGUUCGUUUGGAAACCUCACGCAAUUGCAACAUCUCGACCUCAGCAAUAAUCAGCUUCAACCAGAAAAUCUCAAUUGGCUCCCUGCUCCUUCUUCUUUAACAUACCUCAGUCUCGGUUCCUGUAAUUUGGUUGGUCAAAUUCCAAGUUCGUUUGGAAACCUCAAGCAAUUGCAAAAUCUCGACCUCAGCGGUAAUCAGCUUCAACCAGAAAAUCUCAAUUGGCUCCCUGCUCUUUCUUCUUUAACGGUUUUGUACCUAGACGGAAACUUCAAUGGGAGCCAAAUUCCAGAUUUCAUUGGUUCUCUAACCAAUCUAAGAAACCUCAGUCUCCGUUCCUGUAAUUUGGCUGGUCAACUUCCAAGUUCGUUUGGAAACCUCAAGCAAUUGCAAAAUCUCGACCUCAGCGGUAAUCAGCUUCAACCAGAAAAUCUCAAUUGGCUCCCUGCUCUUUCUUCUUUAACGGAUUUGUACCUAGACGGAAACUUCAAUGGGAGCCAAAUUCCCGAUUUCAUUGGUUCUCUAACCAAUCUAAGGUACCUCAGUCUCAGUUUCUGUAAUUUGGUCGGUCAAAUUCCAAGUUCAUUUGGAAACCUCACGCAAUUGCAAAAUCUCGACCUCAGCUAUAAUCAGCUUCAACCAGAAAAUCUCAAUUGGCUCCCUGCUCUUUCUUCUUUAACGGAUUUGGACCUAAGCGGAAACAAUCUCAGUACUGUUUUCGAUUGGCCAGAAGCAGUACUUAAUAAGCUCCCUAAACUAGUAGACUUGAGAUUGGUGAACUGUAGUCUUCCUCCUCCUCCUACUCCAAUUCUUUCCACUACUCUUUAUAAAACAAAUUCUUCCACAUCUCUUGAAAAUCUUUAUCUCUCUGAUAAUCAUGUCACUUCGUCAAUAUUUCUUUGGUUGUCCAACUACAGUACAAGCCUUGUUAUUCUUGAACUCUCCAACAAUAAUCUAUCUGGUUUCAUUCCCGAUUUCAUUGGAAACAUGAGCUCUCUUGUGGAUCUGGAUCUCUCCAACAAUAAUCUAACUGGUUUCAUUCCCGAUUCGUUUGCAAGGCUGUGUAAUUUGGGAACAUUGCGGCUUCAAAGAAAUCAUCUGAGUGGACAAUUAUCUCAACUAUUGCCUAGAUGUGCUCAAAACUCAUUAUGGGGUCUGGACCUCUCAGAGAAUGUUCUUAAGGGGUCAUUAAACAAUCUUACAAGCUUCUCAUCUUUGGUAUCCUUGAAUCUUAGUGCCAAUCAAUUAAGCGGAAAAAUACCUGAAAGUAUUAGGCAAAUGUUGUACCUGCGCGACAUCGACUUCAGCAAAAACUCUUUGGAAGGGGUGGUUUCAGAAACUCAUUUAUCAAAACUCUCCCAUUUACAAUCUUUGGAUUUAUCCUAUAACUCACUAGUUUUAAAGUUCCAUUCUGAUUGGGUUCCUCCCUUCCAGUUGUUGAGCAUAAAUUUGGCGUCCUGCAAGGUCGGUCCUCUUUUCCCAAAAUGGCUUCAAACUCAAAAUGAUUCUUUAGCCCAGCUUGAUAUUUCUAAUGCUGGAAUUUCUGAUAUCCUUCCAAGUUGGUUUUUGAGUAAUUUUCGUAACGGAGAAAUUAUUAAUCUCUCACAGAACCAAAUAAGAGGAAUAGAAGGUCCAAUUCCCUCAGCUCCGUCACAAGUCUAUCAUCUGGAUCUCUCCAACAAUAACAUUUCAGGGUCGCUCUCUUUCCUAUGUGCAUGUGCAGAUAUGAAUUUGACAUAUCUUAAUCUUUCAAGCAACAGUUUUGCUGGAGAACUUCCAGAUUGUUGGAGCAAUUUGGGGACUCUAGUCAUGCUUGAUUUGAGUUACAACGCUUUUUCUGGAAAAAUUCCCAUGGUAAUAGGCUCUUUAUUUCAAAUGCAAACUUUGAAAUUAAGAAGCAACCGAUUUGUUGGAGAAUUGCCUUCAUCGUUGAAGAACUGCGCAAGUUUAGAAGUUAUUGAUCUGGGAGAUAAUAAAUUAUCAGGACCAAUACCUACAUGGUUAGGUGUGAGCUUCAAGAAUUUGGUUAUCCUGAUGCUUUCCACUAAUCACUUCAAUGGAAGCAUGCCCUCACAAUUAUGCCAUCUAACACACAUUCAAAUUAUGGAUUUCUCUAUGAACAACAUCUCUGGAAGCAUACCCAAAUGCCUCAAUAAUUUGACUGCUCUGGCUCAAAAAGUAAAUCCAAGUUUAUCUAGCACACAUAUUUAUGGCGGAAGUAUGGUUAAUGAGUCAAUUGCUCCUACUAAUUAUGACAAUGAUGCAAGCUUCAUAUGGAAAGGAAGAAUGCAGACAUACAAAAGCACUUUGGGCCUAGUGAAGAGAAUUGAUCUCUCAAGCAAUAGAUUAACAGGGGAGAUUCCAAGUGAAAUCACUCAGCUUGUUGGGUUGAUUUCUUUAAACCUUUCGAGAAAUCAGUUAACAGGUCAAAUAAUUCCAGAAAUCGGAAACUUGCAGUCAUUGGAUUCGCUUGAUUUAUCAAGAAACCAGAUAGAUGGAGGAAUUCCGACAAGCCUUGCUCGGAUAGAUCGUCUUAGUUUCUUGGACUUGUCAUAUAACAACUUGUCUGGCAAAAUACCAACAGGCACUCAACUCCAAGGCUUUGAUCCCUCUGUUUAUGUUGGAAAUCCUCAACUCUGUGGACCUCCUCUUAAAAAGAUGUGUGCUGAUCAAAAUGAGAAAACUGACUUGAGCAAUCAAGAGGAUAAGGAUGAGCUUAUAACACUAGGAUUUUACAUCAGUAUGGGGCUUGGCUUUGCUGCUGGAUUUUGGGGAGUUUGUGGCACUUUGAUAUUCAACAGGUCAUGGAGAUACGCAUACUUGAAGUUCUUGAAUGGUUUAAAUGAUUGGCUUUAUGUGAAGAUAGCUUUGAUCAAGCGGCAACUAAAGCUAGCAUAUUCUUAA